UCCCUCUCUAAAUCUUUGCCACAACCACUUAUAUAUCCCACAUCACCAAUGAAAAAAUAAUCUUCUUCUCCUUCAAGCUGUGAAAGAGAAAGAGAGAGGAGAGAUGUCUACUGAUUGGGGACCGGUGAUCGUUGCGGUGAUCCUCUUCAUCCUCCUUUCUCCAGGCCUCCUGUUCCAGCUGCCGGCGAGGGCAAGGGUGGUGGAGUUUGGGAAUAUGAGCACCAGUGGGAUCUCAAUUCUGGUUCAUAGCAUUCUAUUCUUUUGUCUAUUAACCAUCCUGGUCAUUGCGAUUGGUAUACAUGUGCAUGCUGCUUGAUCCAAGACGAGCAAGAGUUCACCACCAUCUUGGUCCGGAUUUUUUUUUUUUAAAUGUACUUGUGUUACUAUGGUUUAUAGAGCAUUUGUGUUUUGAUAAAGUUAAGGCUUCCAUUUUAAAACGCAAUUUACUUGCGUUCACAAGUUCAUGGUAGUCUGUCAUUGUGGUUGAUGAAUUGAUGAACACUUGAUGCCAAA